AAAAUGUUCACAUAUCGAUCCAGCAGAAGCUUCAGUACUGUCUGUAACAUAGGCACCGUGUUACGUCCAAAGCUUUCUGGAUCUGAAGGAUGAGACUCCUUCGUUCGUUAUUGGGAGUUUCACUCCUGGUGACUGUGGUGAAUUGUGCAGCUCCUUUCGAGAGGAUACCAACGCUCAUCGAACGAGCAGCGACCGUCGAUGAAGGUUACCGUUUGCAGCGGGUUUCCGAGCCACUGUCGUACAGCUUAUAUCUCGACAUCAGUGAUGAAAAUUUUUACUCCUAUCGAGGCUCGGUCGAUAUCGAGAUGCGCUUUCUGGAUACGAGCAAUCACUUCUAUCUGAGCAACGAUGGAGUGGUAAUCGAUCGUGACAGUAUCAAAGUGACCAAACCGAACGGAGAAGAUCUGCCGUUAAGAGAUUUGAUAUCGAUGGAGAAAUACGAACAGCUGCUAUUUUAUUUCAACGAGCGAUUGGAACAAAAUGCAGUUUACAAGGUACAUAUUGAGUUCUCCAAUACCAUUGGAACAGAACUUAAGGGAUUGUAUCGGAGUAGCUAUGCGGUAGGAAACACAACGAGGUACAUCGCUACAACUCAUUUCGAAUCAACUUACGCUCGAAGCGUAUUUCCAUGCUACGAUGAACCAUCCUACAAGGCAUAUUUCGACGUCACAAUCCGUCAUCGUUCCAGAUACCAUGCGCUGUCCAAUAUGCCAAUUAAAGAAAGAACCGAAGAUGAUAAUGAGUUUGCAACUACUAAAUUCGAGAGAUCUCCUUAUAUCUCAAGUUAUCUGCUUGCUUUUAUCGUAUCUGAUUACAAAACGCUGUCGGAUGAGAGAGAUCGCAUCAAGGUGUAUGCUCCGGAAAACCAAGUGCAGCAUACAACCUACGCUAGAGAAUUUGCUCAAAAAUCGCUUCAAAUGCUGGAAGAUCUUUUGGGUCACGAAUUUCAGCUGCCGAAAGUAGAUUUGAUCGCCAUUCCAGACUUCAACAUGGGUGCCAUGGAGAAUUGGGGUCUUAUAACGUUCCGCGCGGUUUAUCUGAUCUACGAUGAUGCGACGACGACGGCUCGCACCAAGCAAAACAUUGCCGAUCUGAUUACGCACGAGUUCGUGCAUUCGUGGUUCGGUAACGAGGUGACUCCGGAGUGGUGGACAUAUCUAUGGUUGAGCGAGGGAUUUGCAAGAUAUUUUGAGUAUUACGUGACCUCGCAAAUUGAGGACGAAUGGCACCUAUGGGAACAGUUCGUGGUGAACAACGUGCACUCCGCCUUUUCCCAGGACGAUAAGGUAGAUAAUCGACCGAUGAGCUUCUACGCUACUGAACCGGAUGUACUGAAUGGGUUGUUUGACUAUGUGGUGUAUGCUAAAAGUGCGUCGGUUAUUCGAAUGUUCCAAAAUGUAAUUGGGUUCGAUACGUUCAAAGCAGCUUUGAAUGAUUACAUUGCAAGUCGUAGUUACAUGACUACGAAACCAGAUUAUCUGUACGAAAGUAUAGAAAAGUUUAACGAAGUUCCGAUGCCAGACAGCGUCAAAACUGUGUUCAACAAUUGGGCAGACAAUGCUGGUUACCCGGUAGUGAAAGUUACUAGAAAUGGAAGAUUGGUCACAUGUGCUCAGAAGCGCUUCUGGAUGCCUGUGGAAGGACAAACUGCUCCCAAGGAUACCAAAUUUUACGUACCCCUUAACUAUGCUACCUCUACGGAUGCUGAUUUCAACGAUACAACAGCAGUGGACUGGUUGACUCCAGAUGUCCCAGAGUACACCAAGGAACUACCAACGGACAUCGAUUGGAUUAUUGUGAACAAACAACAAACUGGAUUCUACAGAGUCAACUACGACAACGACAACUGGGUUGCGUUGAUCGAGUUGUUGAAAUCCGAAAAACUGAACACCAUUCCGGUUAUAAAUCGUGCGCAAUUGGUUGACGAUGCAAGCAACCUUGCCAAAGCUGGAGAGUUGAGCUACGAAAUUGCUCUAUCUUUGUUGGAAUACUUGGAAAUGGAAAGCGAAUACAUCCCGUGGAGUACGGCUUACAAUGCGCUAAUCCACAUGAACAGAAUGCUUUCCAGUAAUGAAAACUAUUCCAGAUUCGAAGACUUCAUGAGAAAAAUUACGUCCCGAAUGUACGAAAGAGUUGCCCUGACCGGAACGACCCAUCACAUCAACAGACUCCAUCGGGCAAAUACGGUCUAUUUGGCGUGCUACUUCGGUGUGAAGGCAUGUGUUGAUGAUUCUCAGACGUUAAUGCAGCAGAUGAUGAACGACGAGUCCUUCGUAGUUCCUGAGGAGGCUCAAGCUGCGGCGUUUUGUGCCUUCAACAGACAUGUAACCGCUCCGAAUGGCGAUUUGUUGCAGAUGCUUUUCGAUCGGUAUCUUCCUAUUCAAAGCAACGACAACGGUCUGAUUGGUCGUUUUAUCACCGGAAUGGGUUGCACCAGAAAUACAACUAUGCUUGAGCAAUAUCUUGCGCUAACCGUUCUCAACUUGCCGGGAUUCCAGCUGACUGGUACAGAGAGGAAUCAGAUCUUGGUGGCAGUGCUGAGUGGAAGCCACGAAGGACUUCGUACAAGCUUGCAGUUCAUGUUGGAAUACUAUCCGGACAUUUCGUACAUGUUUGGGUCAGUGGCGAACAUCUUCACAGAGUUUGGGAAUAGAAUCAGCGAUAAGGGAGGAUUCGAAACGCUUCAAGACAUCGUGGCCAAAUACGGAGGGGUGUUCACAGAUUCGGUGAGAUCUGCCGCCAGCAAGGCUCUCAUCCAAGCCGAACGGAACCUCGCCUGGGUGAAUGAACAUGCGGAAGCCAUUGGCAGCUGGCUAGUUUCAAACGACUACACCCUCAGUACGACGACCGUCAAACCGGACAAAGGUGGGGCUUCUUCAGUUGUGGCCGGAUUUGUACUGACCCUUGCUAUGGUAUUCGCUACUUUAAUACACUAAGCCAAUCGAUA